ACUUGCUUUUUGCCAAUAACAAAGAAAAAGUACUUCUAUAAGCUUUUUCCCGCGAGUCUCCGUCAUUCUUUACCACUGUUCAGUUCAUCCCUGACAGCCUGUCACUCUUUCGACAUCCAUCCCCCAUCUACACUACACUACACUACAUCCACACCACCAUGUUGUUUCGCCUUCUAUCCGCAACUGGUGCCUUGUGCAUCACUACUGCGGCCGCCGCAGCUCUGCCUGCACCUCAGCUGCAUUCUACCGCUGGUUCUCAUCAAAUCAACCUUCCUGCUAUCCCCUGCGCUUUCUCGGAGUCGACUUGCACGGAAUCCUUUGACUCUGGUUCACAACUGACCAUCGAUUUCUCCACCCAAAAUGGCACCCUCCGAGCCAACCAACAACCCAUCUUCCCCGCUACCGUCCCUAUGCAGUUUACAGCAGAUCGCAAGUGGGAGUCAUUCGUUCAGCCAGUUCAGGUCUCCUACUCGUUGGAUGUACAGCCACUGCCUGCUCGCCCUGGCGCUGGUCUGGGCGAUAUCUACUACCUCAAGCUCCGUCUUUUCGACCAGCACGGUCAAGCUGCCACACAAAACAGCAUUGCCAUCAGUCUAAUCAGAGACGCCCAGGGUGGUCUGCAGCUGACGAUGAUCGACCCGAACGGUAGCCGCGAUUACGGUCAUGGAAACCGUGUGUGGCAGAUGAAGGCCUGGAAGGAACAACUCGAAACAUACUACAACCAUGCCAAGGAGGCCGUCAAGAACUGCGUCAAGCCGGAGCACCCGAAGCACGAACACGAGCAUGAACAUGAACACGCCCACGAGCACCCUCACAAGAUGGCCGGAUCUUCAGACGCCCACCCCCACCGCCGCCCUUCCUCCAACAAGUACUACCCCUCCAGCCAGAGCGGCCACUUUUUCUGGACCGGACGUGAACAGAGCAUCAUGAAGAUCGCCCGUCCGGUGAUCCUCCCCGCCCUGAUGGGAAUCAUGGCUGGUGGAGUGGCCUGCAUUAUUGGAUUCCUGCUGGGUCGUCUCAUCAUCUCCAUCUACCUGUGCGCCGCUAGCCGCCGGCAGCAGCAGCAGCAGAACAUUCCCAUCAUCAACAUCGAAGACGGCGAGCCUAUCUCCGAGAAGGAAGCCCUUCUCGAACCCUACAGCGAUCAGGAACCUGAGUCGCGCCAAUCAUUCCCAUGAUCUUUAUUUCUUUCUUUCUUUCUUUCCUUCAUCUCUAUAUAUACCUCACGCCCACCUGUACAUUACAGCCCUUUCCUUCUGUCUCUGUUUCCACGUUCAUGAUAUCCAAUGCAGCAU